GUAUCAUGUAAUAUGUGAUGGAGAAGGAGGAGGAUUACUCAAUCUAGGUUUAGUGAACGCACCAAUCCAACACUUCAGUAGCUAUUGUUUAAAUCAACAUUAUGCUGAAACUUCAACAAGAUGCCUUGAAGAUUUUUCUUGCUGGAGUCAAAGCUGUUUCACCUUACGUAUUGGUGGCCAAAAAAAUAAAUGUUUCGAAUGAUGAACUUUCAAUAGAUGAUCGAAAUUAUCGCCUUAAUCAUAAUGUACAUGUUGCUGCGUUUGGAAAAGCAGUAUUGGGCAUGGUUAAUGCAAUUGAAAAUAUUUUGUCUGCGCAUAUUGUUCAAGGAAUUGUUAGCGUACCCUGUGGCAUGGUAAGGAGCAAAAACAAUUUACCAGAUGAAAAUUCUCAUAUUGCCGCCAGAAAGAUCAUGGAGAUGGCCAAAACUCUUGAUUGUCACGAUAUUUUACUGGUUCUUAUAACAGGAGGAGGAUCAGCUCUUCUUUCUUUACCAGUUCCACAAAUAACUUUGGAAGAAAAAGUAAAAGCUACAAAAGUUUUAUCAAAUAAAGGAGCUGCAAUAGAGCAACUAAAUAUCGUCAGAAAACAUCUUUCGUUGAUCAAAGGAGGAAAAUUGGCUCAAGCAGCAUAUCCUGCAUCCGUAAUAGCGUUAAUUUUAUCUGAUGUUAUUGAUGAUCCUAUUGAUGUUAUUGCAUGUGGACCUACUGCUCCAGACCUAACUACAAAAACUGAUUGUGUGGACAUAGUCAACAAUCUCGAUGCUUCCAAUGAUAUACCAGCAAACAUAAUGAAUUAUUUAAACUGUGAGGAGCAGGUUGAGACGAGCAGUGUUGAUUUUAAUCAUGUUUACAACGUUAUUGUCGGAAAUAAUGUAAAUGCUAUUGAAGGCGCUUCUUUAGCCGCUCAAGAGCUUGGGUACAAAGUUGAAGUUUACAAUACAACUGUACGCGGAGAGGCAAGAGAGGUUGGAAAACUAUACGCCAAGCUAGCACAUAUGAAUAGUUCAUGUGGUGAUGAUGAAAAACAAAGUAAAAAAUCUUUAUGUAUCAUAAGUUCUGGUGAAACAACAGUUUUUGUUCAGGGAAACGGACGUGGAGGUCGAAAUCAAGAGCUUGCAUUAGCUGCCGCUAUUGAAAUGGACAAGUUACCAAAAUUUAAGAGAAAUGCACUUCUUCUGAGCGCAGGCACUGAUGGUCAAGAUGGGCCCACUCCUGCUGCUGGUGCUUAUGCUUUCCAAAACUUGAUCGCGAAUGCAACGGAGGACGGCCUCGAUCCGUUAACACAUCUUAACUAUAAUGAUACGUUCACAUUUUACAACGGGUUUAAAGGGGGGAAAUAUUUAGUUAAAACGGGUUUGACAGGAACAAAUGUGAUGGAUUUACAUAUUUUGCUGUUUUCUUAAUAUUUAAAGAAACUGUUUAACUAUAUAAAAAGAACGUUUGCUUUUAUGUAACAAAUUGUAUUCAUAGACGAGUCCAACAUAAUUAUAAUCAUUAUUAUGUUGA